AAAUAGAAUCACAUGACAGUGUCAACAUAUCAAGAGCUACUGGACAAAACUGAAGAAGAAGACAAGAGAAAAAUACUCCAGAUAUCUCCAGGCUGGAACUCUGAGGAAUAAUUAUUUUCACAGUUUUGCUAUGAUUGUACGCCUAUGGAAGGCCCAAUAGAGUGUGGACCGGGAGCCCAAAUGGGGAUGUACUUGGCUUUGAUACCAUGUAAAGAUAUGACACAUGGGCCUAACUCAACCCCAAAAGCUAGCUCAUGAGGAGAGGAAAGCCCAAGUCUAUAUAAGAAGACUACCAGUCCAUUGAUGGAUAUCAGUUUCUAAGCAUCAGAAGAACAACAAGCCCUAAUUUCUCUCAGCUUUUCGGGAAAAUGAAUCCGCCAAUUCCAGAUCAAAUGGAUGAAGAUACGGAUGCAUAUCAUAGAUUCUAUGGCAUGGUGAGAAGGAUAGAAAUGAGGAAAUAUGAACGUGAGAGGAUGCAAAAGAUAAGAAGAUCAGUUUUGACAUGGGAGAUACUAGAACAAGAAAUGGAUGAAUUCCUUCUGGAGAAUUAUUCAGAUGAUUUAAACUUGGAUAUUCAGAACGUCUCGUUUGCUGAAACUGCCGAGGCACCAUCAGAUUUGAUCUUGCCACUAUUGAGGUACCAAAAGGAGUGGUUGGCUUGGUCAUUAAAGCAAGAAACUAUAUUCAAAGGGGGUAUUCUUGCUGAUGAAAUGGGAAUGGGGAAGACGGUUGAAGCCAUAGCACUUGUGCUUGCUCAACGCGAAUUAAAGAAAGCAACUAGUGGUUCUAGUAUAUUGCCGUCUUCACCCGGUACCUCCCAGGAACUCCCAACAGUAAAAGGAACUCUUGUUGUAUGUCCUGUGAUUGGAGCAACGCAAUGGUUUCACGAGAUUGAACGUUGCACCACUAAAGGAAGCAACAAAACUGUUGUGUAUCAUGGCCCCAACAGGGAGAAAUGUAUGUACAAACUGGAGGAAUAUGAUUUUGUCAUUACUACGUAUUCCGUUAUCCAGGCUGAUUAUUGGCCAAAGAAGUCAAAACAGAAUAGCAAGAACUCAAAAUGGAGUGACGAUGGUUCUAUUGAAAAUUCAGCCUGGGUUGGUGAAGAUGUGUCCACAAGGAAGUCAGUUCUGCAUUCAGUGAAGUGGGAGCGCAUCAUUUUGGAUGAGGCUCAUAAUAUCAAGUCUAUACACAGCAACACCACACAAGCGGUUCUUGCUUUAGAAUCUUUUUAUAAGUGGGCAUUGACUGGUACACCCCUGCAAAACCGCAUGGGAGAAUUGUACUCAUUUGUCCGUUUCUUACAAGUUACGCCUUAUGCUUGUUACUUUUGUGAAGAUUGUAAUUGCAGUGGACUUGAUUUUAGCUCCUACGAUGUGUGCUCACAGUGCUCCCACCAACCUGAACGCCACUUCCUCUGGUGGAAGAACUAUAUUGAAAAACCUUUAAAGGCAUACGAAAAUGAAGGUAGAGAUGCGUUGGUUUGGUUGAAGUACAAAAUUCUGAAAAGCCUAAUGCUAAGACGUACCAAAAAAGAAAGAGCUGUGGAUCUUGCACUCCCCACAAAGACUGUUACAGUGAGAAAAGAUUCUUUGGAUGAGAGAGAAUACGACUACUACAAGACAUUGCACAAUAGAAGCCUUGCACAGUUCGAGAUAUAUGCCCAGAUUGGACAUCUGAUGAAUAACUUUGGUCAAAUUUUGGGUAUGAUCACACCCCUAUGGCAGGCAGCUAAUCAUCCUUACCUUGUGAUGUACUCUAGAAAAGAAUUGGCUAGUGACAAUAAAGAGGCUGGAGAUGUUGAACAGUCAUGUGUCUUAUGUCAGGAUGCAGUGGAAGAUCCAGUAGUUACUUGUUGUAGGCACGUGUUUUGCAGGGCGUGUAUGAUAUAUUUAGCUGAAGAUGUGAGGGAAACGCCAUGCCCUUCAUGUACCAAACCCCUCACAUUUGACUUCUCUGGAAAUAAAGAUAAGGGAGAUUCUAGUUCUAAACCUACUGUCAAAGAGUUUAGGUCCUCAAGUAUAUUGAACAAAAUUCAGCUAGAUAAAUUCAAGACAAGCACUAAAAUAGAAGCUUUGAAGGAAGAAAUUAGCGACAUGUUUGAAAGGGACGGUUCUGCAAAAGGAAUUGUGUUUAGCCAAUUCACAUCGUUUUUGGAUCUGAUAAAAUAUUCUCUUAAUCUGUGUGGCAUCAAUUGUGUUCAAUUAGUUGGAUCCAUGUCUAUUGCCGCAAGAGAUGCUGCACUUAAAAGAUUCACUGAGGAUUCAAAUUGCAAGAUAUUGCUUAUGAGCUUGAAAGCUGGAGGUGUUGCCCUCAAUCUUACAGUUGCAUCACAUGUUUUCAUAAUGGAUCCUUGGUGGAAUCCUGCAGUGGAGCAGCAAGCCCAAGAUAGAGUCCAUCGAAUAGGGCAAUAUAAACCAGUCAAGAUUGUGAGAUUUGUGAUGGAGAAUACAAUUGAAGAGAGAAUCUUAGAGUUACAAGAGAAGAAGAAAUUACUUUUUGAAGGGACAAUUGGUGGUUCUUCAGAGGCCUUAGGAAAACUAACAACUGAGGACUUGAUAUCCCUGUUUUAUUAUCACUUUUGAUUUGUUCUAUUUCUUCGGUUUGGCAAACCAAUUGGCAUGUGCUUUGUUCAGCUUCUAGCAAAAUUUUGUACGAAGUGUUCUGACAUUUGCUUUUAUGUUGCAUGGAGUUUGAUCUGUCCAAAGAGUGUUUCUGUUGCUUCUGCAUCUUAAUUGAUAU